GACCCCGCGCUGAGGUGGUGGAGCUGUCGGAAGGGGGCGCAAGAAGAGCCCGAGGCCGAGGGUCUCCCCCACCCAGACUCGAAGUGUCUCAAGCCUCGAGGAAAAUGGUGGAAAACUCACCGUCGCCAUUGCCAGAAAGAGCAAUUUAUGGCUUUGUCCUUUUCUUAAGCUCCCAGUUUGGCUUCAUUCUCUAUCUUGUAUGGGCUUUCAUUCCUGAAUCUUGGCUAAACUCCUUAGGCUUAACGUAUUGGCCUCAAAAGUACUGGGCGGUGGCCUUGCCUGUCUACCUCCUCAUUACUACUGUCAUCGGCUACUCCUUAUUUGGAGUAAACAUGAUGAGUACCUCUCCACUCAACUCCAUUCAUACAAUCACAGAUAACUAUGCUAAAAAUCAACAGCAGAAGAAAUACCAAGAAGAGGCCAUCCCAGCACUAAGAGAUAUUCCUAUUAGUGAAGUAAACCAAAUGUUCUUUCUAGCAACCAAAGACCUUUCUUACACCAAAAACUGAAUUGAAUGUAGACUAAUACCAAGCAUUUGUUUUAAAUUGUUGGGUUUUUUUUUAAAGAUUUA